AUGUCCCAAAACCCCAUGUGUAACACCAAGUACCUCAUAUCCAGCACGAUGAAUCCUAACAGCACUAUCGACAACUCGUCCACUACACCCAACGCCAGCGUACAAGACCUGAUCAACCAUGUCGAGGAGCACGGCUAUGUAAUCAUCCCCAACGCCUUCACUGAUGCCGAGAUCGAGGAAGCGCACAGAGAACUUGUCCGCAUCGCAGCAGACGCGACCUCGGCAGGCCCGGCCGGGGGCGACCGCACGGGGCGCACCGACUUUGAAGGGUUCAACACCAAGAGGAUAUACGCCCUGCUAAACAAGUCCCCCGUGUUCCAAAAGUUUCCCCUCCACCCUGCACUCCUCGCUCUGAAUGAGCACUAUCUCGACCCGGGGUUCCUCCUGAACGCGUUCCACAGCGUCUACAUCCAGCCCGGCGAGGCGCCGCAGAAGCUUCACCACGACGAUGAGUACGUGAACUUGCCGCGGCCGCACCGGCCGCUGGGGACAGUAAGACACCUAGGGAGUCAUGGUAGCAAUCGACGACUUUACAGCUACAACGGCGCCACAGUCGUGAUUCCGGGCUCGCACAAGUGGGGAGACAAGAACGAGCAGGUUCCCCGUAGAGAAGAUGUCGUACCGGUAGUCAUGCCGCGGGGCAGCGCCGUCUUCUUUAUCGGCACGCUCUGGCACGGCGGCGGGAAGAACACGUCGGACCGCGAGCGGAGGGCGAUGACAGUGCAGUACUGCCAGCCGUGGGUACGGCCGCUGGAGAACCAGAUACUCGCCGUUGACUGGGAGAAGCUGGACUCGAUGCCGCGGCGGCUUGUGGAUAUGUUGGGAUACGGCGUCGGGGCGCCUUUUACCGGGUACGUUGAUGGGAUUCACCCGUGGAAGGUGGUUCAGAGGCGGCUCGGAGCGCAGCGGGAGAAGGUGGCUCGUGGGCGGGAGGGGAAGCUGUAG